AUGUUCGACUAUGACGAUCUGGAUAUGGCCGAGGAUGUCAAGCAGGUGACGAUGACUGCUCCGGCGCAGCAAAGUCUCAGGUCUUUGGUGGCAGACAUGAGCUCUCGAGUGGACAGUAUCAAGGCCCGAGUGGACCAGAAGGAGCGAGAUCGGGUGGAAGCUCCUCAUCGGCGGAGGAAGGCAACCGAUGCCGUCUCGAGCGCUUCGCUGUCAUUUGCAGAGUUCCUUGGCAUCGCACAGAGCAAAUCCAGCCAAGAAGAGAGCUCUUCCAGGGGCCUUCGAGUUGCACGCUCUCGUCCAUCUGGCAAGGAGCCCCAGAUGGUGGACUGUGAUGAGUAUUUGGUCGUGUUGACAGGGGAAUUCCGGUUGCAAAAGGGAGAGGAGAACAUUACACUCCGUGAAGGCGAUGGCAUUUUCCUGGAGGCGGGGGAGAGAGUGCUCUGGACCUGGGAUCGCACCGUGCAGUUCAUCACCAUUGCCCUCCCCGAGCGUACCCGAACAAGGGCACAAACGUCGGAGUGCGGCAUCCAGACAGAGACCUGCAAGGGUGACGAGAAGGUUUGGGGAGAAGCUAGUGACCGAGGCUUGCCGCGCAGAGAGCCUGUGGGACUGCUCAAGAGCCGCCAGGCACCAGUACCUCUGCUGCGCAUGCCCGGAGGGUCUGCAGAAUCAGCGGAUACUACCGACAUCAAAGAGUCGGAGUCAACGCCUUGCAGAAGUGACGCCACAACCGGAUCUGGGCACGCUUCUCCGGCCCCCGUGGAGCGGAGUGAAGGCAGCAAUGAAGGAGCACUUCGUCACGUGACAUCACUGUCUGCUUUCGAGCAAGUGGCGGACAAAGCGGAGCGUCUACGGCUUAGGCAGGAGAUGGAGGAGCGUGUGAUGGAUCGCCCGGCACGCUAUGGCGCGCGGCACCUGGCGACACCCGUGGUCGUUGUUUCGUCAGAGAUCAACCCCUGGUCCAAGACAGGCGGCUUGGCGAUGGUUGUGGAGAGCUACGCCUACGAAUUUGCGAUGCGAGGCCACCGUACCAUGGCAGUGACUCCACGAUACGGCAACUACACAAACUGCAAGCCAGUCGGCUCAACCAAGGUUUGGCUGGCUGGCCAGGAGCAUGAGGUGGUUUUCUAUCACCAGCGCCAGGAUUUUGGCAAUGGUCGUGGCUGUGACUACGUCUUCGUCGAUCACCCUUGCUUCCACCGACCCCAUGGACUUUACGGCGACCCCACCAGUGGCGAGUAUCCGGACAACGCCUUCCGGUUCUCCUUGCUGUGCGUAGCUGCCACAGAGGCACCAUUGGUCCUGAAUUUGGGUGGCUCUAUUUUCGGCCAAGAGGUCUGCUUCAUUGCCAAUGAUUGGCAAACCGGCAUGCUCCCGGCCUACCUCUUCUACAAGUACAAGCGAAACGGAACCUACCGCAAGGCAAGAUGUCUCAUGGUGCUGCACAAUAUGGGCUAUCAAGGAAAAUAUCGGAUGAGCCAGCACCCGAUGGACAGGUUCUUUGGGCUUCCUGCGGAGGCUUGCCAGGAUUUGGAAGGUGAAGAUCUUCAUUUCGGCUCAGACUGCGUGAAUCUCUUGGGUGCUGGCAUCCGGAUGGCAGAUCGUGUGGUGACGGUCUCACCCAACUAUGCCUUUGAGAUUCAGACGCCAGAAGGUGGGCUUGGACUCCACUCGGCGCUCCAGGCCAAGGCCUCCAAGAACAGAGUCAUGGGAAUUCUCAAUGGCAUCUCCGACGAGUGGAACCCGAUGACCGACCCCCAUAUUGUGAUGAGAUAUGGUCCCAGCAACUUCGAGGAAGGCAAGCUGCGCUGCAAGGCUGAGCUCCAGCGCCAACUGGGCCUCCAGCAGGACCCGAAGCUGUGCCUCAUCGGCUUCUGUGGCCGUCUCUGCUACCAGAAGGGGAUCCACCUCAUUAUGGAGUGCCUCCCAUGGCUGAUGCGUGAUGAGGGAAACGGGGUCAACGGCUACGUGCAGCUUGCGCUGAUGGGCAAGGGCGACGUCAAAUACGAAGAGCAGCUCCGGUCCACGGAGGCUUCCAACCGGGGCCGCGUUUGCGCAUUCGUUGGUUUUGAUCCCAUUGUGGAACACCGCAUGAUGGCCGGAUGCGAUAUUCUGCUAAUGCCCUCUCAGUACGAGCCAUGCGGCCUGCCACAGAUGUAUGCGCAGCAGUAUGCCACAAUCCCUGUGGUCCAUGAGACGGGAGGUCUGAAGGACUCGGUCCGUGGCCUGUGGAGUGUGGAGCACGACAGACACUGUGCCACCGGAUUCCUGUUUGGAGGCUUCGAUGCCAAUCACCUCAAGGAGCGGCUCUACCAGGCGAUGGACAUCUUUCGGCAUCAGAGACCGCUUUGGCGACAAAUGCAAACCAAUGCAAUCAAAAGUGAUUUCUAUUGGCCUCAAGCCAUUGAUGAAUAUGAAAAGAACAUCGACCAGGUCAUGGAGGCCAAGCCAAACGAGGGAUGGUGUGCUGUUCAGUUUCAUUGA